CGUAUCUGCCCUUGAAUUGCUUUAACUAGCUAAGCGUUAGCCGUUAUAGCACAUGCGUGUAAUUAAUUGAACGACACAGCUUAGCAAACAAAUGCACAGCCUGGUUGAUGGCCCAACAGGGCGAGCUUGCUUAGGAACCAACACAUUAUUGCGUCCUAUAUUCUCGCACUCGGUCGCGCCGUUCAAGCCAGCCGGCGCUCGCUCGCGUCAAGUAAACCAAGCUCGUCGUCCGUUGGUACCAUGCGCCACCUCCGAGGCUUCAGCAGAGCCUAUUGCGUCAACAUCUGGAGCCCCCGACGUUGAUAAAGAGCUAGUUGCGGAGAAGACACGGGAGGGAAUGCGUCGGUUCGCAGCCAGCACUCGCAAGGUUGGCGUCAGCCGCCUGGUCGUGGACUCGCUUAAACGCGUUUCCAUGACCUUCCUUUGCGAUGACCAUGCGCUUGGCUUUGAAGUGGCGAAGAUCAUCGGGUCACGACUGGGCUGGUUCUCUGUGGAUUUAAAAAAAGUAAUAUGCGGCAUGCGCAAGGUGGCUUCUAUUGAAGAGCUGAGCAAGGAGGAGCUAGUCUCCACGGAGGCCGAGGUGCUGCGAGGGCUCCGAAACCAGUUCCGAGUGAUCGCCUGUCCGCUGCCUGGAGGCGCGGUGACGGUACGGCAGGAAAUCUGGAGCGAUCUGUACGGCAGCGUCAUUGUAUGGAUUGAUGAAGAGGAUCGCCCGCGCCCCAAGCCUCACACACCGGAACGGCAGCUGUACGGCAGUAAGGCCGAGGUGGCGGUGCGGGUCAAGCUGAACAAGGGCUUCUCCCAGCGCUCCGGCAACUCCCUCUCCACUCGCGCCCAGGCGGCCGCAGCGGCCCUCAUGAACCGCCUGUGCGACCACUUGGCGGAGUACCCCGACCUGACGGACCGCAAGCGGCGCUACGUGGAGGGGGGCUGCCGGGGCGACUGGCCCGCCGUACAGCCGCCCGAGUGGAGCCCCGCGCUGCAGGAGCUGGCGGCGGCGCGGGGGCCGCUGGCGGGGUUCCCGCAGCAGCAGGGGGCGGAG